AUGGCGAUCGACCUGGAAGUCUCUUCAUUGCGGAUGCGUUACUGUAGUGACCCAUCCUCUGAAGGGCCAAAAUUUGUCAUUCAGCAAGUCAGCUAUAUACUCGAAGAGCUUCUUCCCGGCCAUGCUAGAGUUUCAGCGACAACGAUCAGCAACUUUGGACGUCCCCAUUACUUAGUCCGCUAUUGGUUACCGGUUUCCUUUGCACUAUUCUCGGCAAGUACAUCACUGGAGCUGUUGAGAAACAGACGCCAUGAGCUUCUAAGAUGGGUCGCCGACCUUGGUUCAACUACCAUCGAGUUUUGGAACAACUGGGUUGUAGACCCUCUCCGGAGACUUAUUGGAACUAUCCGACAUGAUGAAGAGAGUGAAAUUGCGUUGAUGAGUAGGAACAGCUUGGAAGCCGAUCGAGCGAGUUUGGAAAGGAUGGUCGUGGAUUUCGUUCUCGACCGCUGUGAACCAAGCAGCAAUAAUCAUGACUUGUUUAACACUCACUCCAUCACGGCCAAAGUUAGGGAAGGUGAUUUGACACCCGUGCUGAAGGCAUAUGAAAAAGACCUGCGUAGUCCCUUUGUCGGGACCAUACGAGGUGAUUUGGUACGAGCGCUCUUGAUACAGAUACAGAAGACAAAAGUAGACGUCGAGAUUGCUAUUGGCGGGAUUGACGCAUUGCUGAAAAGCCAGGAGCUGGUUUUCGGGUUCAUUGGAUUGACACCUGGUAUAUUGGUGUCAUAUACAUCUCUUCGUUGGCUUUACGGCUUGUUUGGCAGCAGAAAAGGCCUGAGAAUGGGUAAGCAGCAGGACGAACUGAGGCAUGCCCUCCGGACUAUCAAGCUACUGCUGAUUGGAGACUCUGGGGUAGGAAAAUCAUGCUGUCUAUUGCGGUUCAGCGAAGAUUCGUUUACUCCAUCGUUUAUUACUACUAUCGGGAUCGACUUCAAAAUCCGUACGAUUGAACUGGACGGCAAGCGCGUGAAGCUCCAAAUAUGGGAUACCGCCGGGCAGGAGCGAUUUAGGACGAUUACAACAGCCUACUACAGAGGAGCGAUGGGUAUCCUUCUCGUUUACGAUGUCACUGAUGAACGGUCUUUCCAGAACAUUCGUACUUGGUUUUCAAAUGUCGAGCAACACGCAAGCGAAGGAGUCCAUAAAAUCCUCAUUGGUAAUAAAUGUGAUUGGGAAGAGAAGAGGGCCGUGUCAACCGAGCAGGGGCAGCAACUGGCUGAUGAGCUUGGAAUACCAUUCCUCGAAGUUUCUGCUAAAAACAACAUCAACAUCGAGAAAGCUUUCUAUGAUCUUGCAUCUGAUAUCAAGAGAGGAAUGGAUACGUCAAAGUCCGAACAGGUCGGUUCUCAGGGCGUGAGCAUAGACCAGCAAGGUUCUGGGUUGAACGGCAACGGGGGUGGGAAGUGCUGUUGA